AUGGGUCAAUUCCAACUGAUCGCCACGGUCAAACAAUCGCAAGGCUCAAAACAGCCCUUUACAGCGGCCAAAAUCUCGCCAAACGGACAGAAAAUAGCUCUUUGUAAUGGACCUGACAUAGAGAUCUACGACAUCCACGAAAAGACAUCUGUGCUGCUCUCUACGCUGCACUCGCGACCUUUGUCGGACUUGUGCUGGUCACCGGACUCUCAGUGUGUUGCGACCGCGUCAGACGAUUUCACCGUGAUUAUCACACAUGUGGCAUACGGCGAGCUGCACCGGCUGGUGGGCCACACCGCGCCUGUUACAGCACUCAAAUUCACCCACAAGGGCAAUCUUCUAUGUUCCUGCUCUAUGGACGAAAGCAUCAAGAUCUGGGACACUUUGACAGGAAGUCUGUUGCGUACGUUGUCGGCCCAUUCAGAACCAGUGGUUUCCAUAGACAUUCCCCCGCACGACGCCAGCAUUUUAAGUUCUGGGUCCUACGACGGACUCAUUAGAAUAUUCGACACCGCUACGGGCCACUGUCUCAAGACUCUCACCUACGACAAGGACUGGCAAAGCGAAAACGGGGUCGUUCCCAUUUCACAAGUGCGAUUUUCGGUCAAUGGCAAAUUUCUGCUGGUCAAGUCUCUAGACGGCAUAUUGAAGAUUUGGGACUUUGUGAGAGGCAAAGUGGUGCGUACGUUCAUAUCAGGAGAGUCCAAUUCGCUGCGAUACACAUGUGGUAUGGAUUUUUUAUAUCCCGCGCAAGAAGCUGACGACCCCAUCGUAGUCAGUGGCACUGAAACGGGCGAAAUCGUGUGCUGGGACUCUCAGACCAAGCAACUGCAGCAUAGAAUUAAGAGAAAGCACUGUGGUAAUCCAGUAAUGGAUAUCAGCUGUCACGGGUCUCUAAUGUGUUCAAUCUCGCUGUGCGGCGAAUGCAACCUAUGGACUUGGGUAGACAGUGAAUCCACUGCUUGA